ACUAAUUAAUCUGUCAUCAAAUACAAUGGAAACUACAACAGCAUCUCUCUGUGAUAUUCAGCCAAAUAGUUCAAUUCCCAUCAUCGAAUCCUCUAAAUCGUCAUCAUUUACCUCAGCAUCUUUAAUCAAACGACGAAGUCUUCCAAUGAAAAUUAAAGAAUGGAGUAAAGUGGCGUCAAAACAAUUCUCUCGUCGUUGUAGUGCCGGAAGUGUAAAGUCUGUUCAAUCUGCGACUGAACAUCUAAACUGUGAAAAUCAUAGUAUACAUGAGAAAAAUUUAGACUGGAAUAUAGAACAUCAACAAAAUUCCAGUAGAUUACGAGGAAUCAGGAGGUCUGCACAACAAAAAUUCAGUAAUAUUUGUAAAGUAUUAAAAUAUUCAAAUCCCAGUAUAUUAGCACAUUCAAACUGUUUAUAUCAGGAUGUCGAUCAUUCAGAUCAAUCAUUCACAUCAAAGUCUUACCAUUUUGAACAACAUAGUGACCGAGAAUUUGAUUACGAUACAUUAAAACAUAUUUCGUUUUCAUCAGAAUCCUCACCGAAAUUAAGGAGUAAAUCGGUUGAAACAAAUGAUGAAAUUAUAGUUUCUAAUUACAGUUCCAAAAAUGCACCAACUCUUCGAAGUGUCAUUUUGUUACGACCUGAUUUAGACGAGCCAUUUGGUCUAUUUGUAAUUAAGUCAGAACAAG